UGGGACCGGAUGGAUGCUGUAGGUGAGCAAGCGAAAAGAAGCGUAAGGUCCCUGCAGCGGGGCUAGCGGGAAGUGCCGGUUGAGUAAAGUAUCGGUUCCGCGGAUAGCACAUAUUGGAUGUUGGCGCGGCGGGAGAAAACACGAGAUUUGCCAACCCGUACAAAGCUUCCAGUCAUUCGUAUCGAUCUGAUCAAAUGGGAUCAGGUGUUUCGCCGAGUUGAGUUGUUUCGCGCGAUGCGACGGUAUUUUCUUAUUCGUGUCAUCGUCGGAGGCUGAGAAACGGAACCGAUUUUUCAUUCUUCGCGCGCGGGUUUGGUUUUGUUUUGGGAUUUGGAUAGAAUUACAGUACAGGGCGAAAGUUGCAUGGGAAGUGGCGCCGACGGAAGCUGAGAGUGGUAGAUGCAGAAGGUGGCCGUGUUCGUUGUCUACAGUGGCGUGAGAAUCUUUUUGAUACGAAGAAGUGUAAACUGGUGAAGAUGUUCGGUGAUUAAAAAGCGUGGGUUAUCAACGGAGAAGUUUUGGAUAACGUUCACUGGGAUCAUAAUUUACGGAGCGUGUGUUCCUCUGAUGUUUGUUUGUAACAAAUGAUUCUGGAUGCGUUUUUGUGACUUCAACUCGAAUAGCAAAGUAGGACAAGUAAUACUAUCAGCAAUGGAUACUAUCAAAAUAGAACAAUUAAAGACUGAACUAAGGACAUGUACGGCAUGCGGGGAACCGAUAGCUGAUAAAUACCUUUUCGACGUUGAUGGAUGCUCAUGGCACGGCUCCUGCCUUCGGUGUUCCGUCUGCCUCACGCUUUUGGAGCGACAACCUUCCUGUUACUUCCGCGAUCGGCAGGUCUACUGUCGAUCGGAUUAUGCAAAAACCUUUGGCGCCAAGUGUUCCAAAUGCUCCCGUACAAUAGCUCCCUCGGAUUGGGUCCGGAAAGCUCGAGAUCUAGUAUUUCACCUGGCGUGCUUUUCUUGCGACACCUGCGGACGCCAGCUUUCCACCGGGGAACAGUUUGCCCUGAUCGACAAUAAAGUCAUGUGUAAGAUCCACUACAUGGACAACGCAGACGAUUCAAAUUCCAGCGACGAUGGCUGCAGCACGGAUGGAUUCAAUAAAAACAAAUCGAAACGGGUGCGGACCACGUUCACCGAGGAACAACUUCACAUUCUGCAGGCAAAUUUUCAAAUCGACAGCAAUCCCGAUGGACAGGACUUGGAGAGGAUAGCGCAGUUAACGGGACUCAGCAAGAGGGUCACUCAGGUGUGGUUUCAAAACUCCCGAGCAAGGCAGAAGAAGCAUACACAUGUUCCUCGAGAUCACAGUGCUGGAAUGUUUAACGCCCUGCGGCAGGAUCUCAACAACAAUAGCAACACUAGCCUCAGUGAUAACGAUAGCGGCAUGGGAAAACCAACGUCUAUGUUCAAUCCACAUGUCAAUCUGAUAAAUCUGAUGGUGUAACAUAUGGGUAUGCAAUCGCUGUUGCACUUGUCGUCGACCGCACCACUAAAAACGGUUGGAGAGAGCUGUCCAAUAGAUGAUUGCUUCGUUGAGUUUAACGCAGUGAAAUCGAAUCACCUGUACUAGAUUGUUAAAAAACAUACAAUCCCCAUCUAACUUAUGAGAGAUGUGUGUUACGACCAUUCUUCUAAAGUUU